UAUUCAUUCAACUUCUACUCCCAUCAUUCCUCCCAUGCAGGCCCAAGGAGUAAAACCCCCGACCACAUCAUUUCCACCCUCCAAUUGUCCGAUACUCGAGAACCUUGAUCACAUGGAAGAGCUUAUCUCGCCAUCCUCCUCCUGCUCUCCUCCUCCUCCCCCUCCCCCUCCCUUCCUCCCUGUCCCUAUCCUCCAGCCCACCGCGGCGGCGCCAAACCUCCAGCACCGCCUCCAGCACCUCCUCCAUGCCCACCCCGAGUGGUGGGUCUACGCCAUCUUCUGGCGUGCCACCCCGGACCACCACCUCCUCUCCUUCGGCGAGGGUCACUUCCGCGGCACCCGCGACGUCGACCGGAAGCAUCGGGGGCCACAAGGCAGCGUCGGCGGCAUCCAGGCCCUCCUCAGCGACGUCAGCGGUCCCGCAGCUGGCGACAUCGCCUCCGACGGCGACGACGCCGAGUGGUUCUACGUAAUGUCGCUGACCCGGUCGUUCGCGGUCGGAGAGCCGGCUGUCCCCGCCCGUGCCUACGGGUCCCUGGUGCCCGUCUGGGUGGCGGGCGCCGACGCGCUGCAGACCUGCGGCUGCGACCGCGCCCGCGAAGCCCAACUCCACGGCAUCGAGACGCUGGUCUGCAUCCCCCUUUCCGGGGGCGUCCUCGAGCUCGGCUCCAACGACCUCAUCUGGGAGAACUGGGUCCUCGUGCAGCAGGCCAAGGGUAUUAUCUCUGCGCCCGACGACGCCAUCGUCGGGCCGGUGGUCCCCGCGCUGCCCCUGGUGAUGAAUAAGGAUGCAGGUGCCGGCGUCACCGGUCUGUCAUCAUCGGUGGACUCGGAGCAUUCCGACUUGGAGGGGGCGCUGAUGGUGGAGCGGCGCCGGCCGAAAAAGAGGGGGAGGAAGCCGGGGACAGGGCGGGAGACGCCGGUCAACCACGUGGAGGCGGAGCGACAGCGGCGGGAGAAGCUGAACCACCGCUUCUACGCGCUGCGUUCGGUGGUUCCGAACGUGUCGAGGAUGGACAAGGCAUCGCUGCUGGCGGACGCAGUGUCCUACAUCAAGGAGCUGAGGGCCAAGGUGGAGGAGCUGGAGGCCGAGGGCAAGAGGGUCAAGAAGGAGACAGUAGUGGACCAUGGCGUCAGCGGGGCUGCUGCUACUAGUACUACCACCACUGAGUUGUCAGGGCGGGUGACGAUGGAAUUGGAGGUGAAAAAACUUGGGCCGGACGCGCUGAUCAGAGUGCAUUCAGAGAAUCUGAACCACCCUGCGGCAAAGUUGAUGGGAGUUCUGCGGGACCUGGAGGUGCACGUGAACCAUGCGAGCGUGUCCACCCUGAAGGAGGUGAUGCUGCAGGACGUGGUGGUGAGGGUGCCCUACGCGCUACAGACCGAUGACAUCCUCCGGGCAGCGCUGCUCAGCCGGCUGGAGAGAACUGAUUAGUUUCACCUCUUCUUGCUUGUUUGUCUUUGGUCUACCGUGCACGUAGAAUGAAGUCUUUGUGAUGAAGGUUCUAGAUGGUUAGACUGUGUAGAUUGGACGAGGUUUAGUAGGGUAGGGGUAGGGUUGCCCUAAAUUUAGGAGAGCUUGUUCUCGA